UUUCACUCUUUUUAAUACAUCACAAAGUCAGUCUUCCACGUGCUCCUGGGGAGUCUCCCCUGUUUCACUACCCUACACUAUACUCUAUACUCCUUAGUUUACUCAAAUCACUACUCUACUACUCUCUAUGUGACUCACCAUUAAACUUGUUUUCUUCAUCUCUCUCUCUCUCUUUCAAGAUGGAAGGAAUGAAAGGAGGAGGAAGGGUAGCUGUGGGCGUGGGCGUGGGCGUGGCCGAGGAUAACGACAUGGCCGACGGAAUGCAAUGCAGCGACCACCCUUUCAGAACCAACCCCGGCGGGAUCUGCGCCUUCUGCCUCCAAGAAAAGCUCGGCAAGCUCGUCUCCUCUUCCUUCCCUCUCCCCAUCCGCGCCCCUUCCUCAUCCUCCUCCUCCCCUUCCUUCAGAUCCGACGCCGCCCCCUCCUCCUCCUCCGCCUCCCUCGCCGCCGCUCCAACCUCCGCACCCUCUCACUACCAACACUACUACGCCCGCCGGACCCGCCUUCCUUUCCUCCUCGCCAAGAAGAACAAGAAGACCAAGCCCUCCUCCGCCUCCGGCCCCGAUAUCAGCCUCAAGCGCAGCAAAUCCACCGCCACUCCCCGAACAAACCACCACCCAAUACCCAUUCAGGAUUUCAGCCCCAGAAAAAGAAACGGCUUUUGGUCCUUCCUCUACCUCUCUUCCAAGUCCUCUAAGAAACUCAACUCCCCCCCACCAUCUGCUUCUGCAAAGCUUAAAGACAAGUGCUGCUCCGGCUCUUCUCUCAAAAACGACAUUGUUCUCCAACAGGACAACGACACCAACACCAACACCAACACCACCACUGCUUCAUCCUUCGACCGUAAGGUUUCUAGAUCCAGAUCUGUUGGCUGCGGCAGCCGAAGCUUCUCUGGUGAUUUCUUCGAGAGAAUCUCUACCGGCUUCGGUGAUUGCACUCUCAGGAGAGUGGAGUCUCAGCGUGAAGGGAAACCGAAGGCCGUGGCGGAUCACCACCACCACCACCACCAUUGCAUGAAGGAGAGAGUGCGGUGUGGAGGCUUGUUUAGUGGCUUCAUGUUGACCUCCUCUUCCUCCUCUUCUUCCUCUUCAUCCUAUUGGGUUUCGUCUUCUGCUGAUGACGCUGUCAAUGGGAAAUCGGCCACGGUGGCUCUGUCUCACAGCAGAGGGAGGAGUUGGGCUUGGGCUUUCGCCAGUCCUAUGAGAGCUUUCAGCGGUAAACCCUCUUCUAAAGAGACCAACAGGAGGGAUAUUGUUAGAGACGCCAAUGAUAAUAAGAAUAAUGCUGCGCCCAACUUAUCUGCUAUACCUUCCUUGCUUGCUGUCAGAGGCUGAGAACAGCAUUUCAGGGCUUUAACCGCUUUAUUAUACACAUUAGUAUCAUGUUCAUUACUGUCUAUUAUUACUAUUUUCUUUAUCUUGUGGAUGGAUGAGUGUUAAUUUAAUUUCCUUCCUUAGUAAUCUAAUACUUUUAAGCACUUUCUUUCGUUUACCAUACUUGCUUGUUAUGAAUAAUUAUGAUGAAUGAUCGUCGGCUAUGGCAGUGUUUUGAGAAGAAAAUCUCGAUGCAUUUAUUCUCUGUCAUCAUGUGGCGUGUUUCAAGUGUGACACUGGUUGUAAAUUUUGUAGCUAGCGUCCUUCUUGUAAUUCACACUGUCAUGUUAUGUGUAAUUUUUAUUUGCCAAAAUCACUGUUCACAUGCAUACACAUGGAUGGGGGUGUUGUGGCCACAACGGGGAAUCACUCUCAGCCAUUUAAUAAGUUGUUAAUGAAUAAUGAUGUGGUAUAUAUAUUU